AUGGUCCUCUACAAGGAAGGUGACGUCGUUGAGUACCGCCCCUUCGGCGGCGAUGUCUCUACCGGCAAGAUCGAGAAGAUCGAGACCAAGACUGGCGGCCACGUCGACAUCUUCUACCACAUCAACGGCGAGAAGUUCAUCUCUUGCCAGCUGAUUGGAAAGGCGAAGCAGUGA